UCCCGCCGGGGCCGCCAGCCAUGCGCACGGCGGGAUGAAGCUGCAGGCGGUGCUGGAGCAGCUGCAGAAACAGCAACAGCAGCAGCAGCAGCAGCAGCAGCAGCAACGACCGGCCGUGUCCAUGGAGUGCCGGGAGCGCCGCCGCGAGCCGCAGGUGCCCUUCCCCGCCCCGCCGCCCUUCCCCGGCCGCGCCCCGGCAGUGCCGCCCGCUGUCCCCGCCGCGGGCAGAGCCCCCGCCGCAGCCGGCCGGCACCGUGAGCAGAGCAGCGGCAACUCCGAGGAGGAGGAGGAUGACGAGGAGGAGGAGGAGGAUGAGGAGGAGGGCGAUGAAGACAGCGCUGAGCUGGAGGAUGGCCCCGCGGUGCCCGGCCAGGAGAGCUGCUCCGCGCUGCCGUGUUUCCGCGCUCCCAAAGGCGCCCACGGCAAGGGCAGGGCGGGCUGCGGUGCCAGCCCCGCGGCGGGCACACAGCAGGGCAGGGAGGAGCCGGGCACGGAGCCCGCCCCGCGCUGCGCCGCUGCCCCCGCGGGCCGCCCCGGCUGGCGCCUGGAGGAGCCGCUCAAACAGAACGGCGGCGGGAGCUGGAGCGACGAGGGCGACGGCGGCCGGGGAAGGGAAAUCUCCCGAGACUUUGCCAAGCUGUACGAGCUGGACAGUGACCCUGAGAGGAAGGAGUUCCUGGAUGAUCUCUUCAUCUUCAUGCAGAAGAGGGGAACUCCCAUCAACAGGAUCCCCAUCAUGGCCAAGCAGAUCCUGGAUCUCUACAUGCUCUACAAGCUGGUGACAGAGAAGGGUGGGCUGGUGGAGAUCAUCAACAAGAAGAUCUGGAGGGAAAUCACCAAAGGCCUUAACCUGCCCACCUCCAUCACCAGCGCCGCCUUCACCCUGCGCACACAGUACAUGAAGUACCUCUAUGCCUACGAGUGCGAGAAGAAGUCCCUGAGCUCCCCGGCCGAGCUCCAGGCCGCCAUCGACGGCAACCGGCGCGAGGGCCGGCGGCCCAGCUACAGCUCCUCGCUGUUCAGCUACUCCCCAUCCCCGCCGGGGCCUCCUUCCCUGCUGUCCCCCCCCAAAAUCCGCUUCCCCAUCAUCGGCGUGGCGCCGGGCAGCGCCACCGGCAACCCCCGCGUCUCACCGGCCCUCAGGAAAGGUGACGGCGUGCCGCUGACGGUGUCCAUGCCGAGCCGCGUGGCCGUGCCGGUGACACUGGGUGGCCAGCAGGCCUCGGUGGCAGCCAGGACGGCCACGCUGGAGCAGCUGAGGGAGAGGCUGGAGGCGGGAGAGCCCCCGGAGAAGAAGGUGCCGCGCAUGACGGAGGAGGAGCAGCGGCUGGUGCAGCAGGCCCUGCAGCGCAACCUGUUCAGCAUGGCCCGGCAGCUCCCCAUGAAGAUCAAAAUCAACGGGAAAGACAAGGCAGACUCGGCGGCGGCGGCGGCGCUGAACGUGUCCCCGAACGGCAUCGGCAGCAUCAACAUGUCCGUGGAGAUCAACGGCACCACCUACGCCGGGGUGCUGUUUGCCCAGAAGCCCAUGGUGCAGCUCCUGGCCGGCUCGGGCACGCAGAGCUCGUGCAGCAGCAGCUCCAGCAGCUCCAGCAGCAGCUCCAGCAGCUCCCACUGCUCCCCCAGCCCUACCUCAUCGCGGGGCACGCCCGGCGCAGAGCCCUCCACCAGCUGGUCCCUGUGACGGGCACUGCCCAGGAGUGCACACAUACCUCACCUCAAGGAACCUGCUCUCGUGGCUGCACAGCACCUGGAGGAUGAUGAUGAUGGUGGUGGUGGUGGUGGUGGUGAAACCUUUCCAUGCCAGCGAGUUUUCCUUCAUCGUCUCUUUGUCCGGCCUUGUUUUGGCUUUGUUCCCCCCUCCCCUUUCCUUCCUCCCUUUUGCUCUUUGGUUCCUCCUCCUCCUCGCAGGGUGUGUGGUGUUCCCAUGGAGGGGGGCACACCUGGCGUUUCUCAAUCAGGGAUGGCUCUGGGGCCACAGCUCCUGGCCAGGAUGUCACCAGGGCAGGGAAAGGGCCAGGACUGGGGUGGAGAGCCCUGGUUCUGCUGGGGCCCAGGUUCUGCUGGGAAUCCUGGCUCUGCUGGGAAUCCUGGUUCUGCUGGGGCCCAGGUUCUGCUGGGAAUCCUGGUUCCGGAAUCCUGGCUCUGCUGGGAAUCCUGGUUCUGCUGGAGCCCUGGUUCUGGAGACCUGGUUUGGAGCCCUGGUCCUGCUGGUUCCUGGUUCUCCUGGAGACCUGGUUCUCCUGGAGACCUGGUUCUGGUGGAGCCCUGAUUCUGCUGGAACCCUGGUUCUGGAGUCCUGGUUCUCCUGGAACCCUGGUUCUGGUGGGAACCCUGGUUCUGGAAUCCUGGUUCUCCUGGAACCCUGGUUCUGCUGGGAAUCCUGGUUCUGGAAGCCUGGUUCUGCUUGGAGCCCUGGUUCUGGAACUCUGGUUCUGCUGGAACCAGGGGCCACCAGGGCUCUUCCCACCCACAACUCCGUGUUUUGACAAUCCUGAGAGCCAGGGGGUGCCUGGCCCUGUCCUCCCAUGGCAAUCUGCUCAUGUCCCUUCCUGCUGUGUCCCCAUGUUCUCUGGGGAGGCUCCUGAGCCUCCCUCCUGCUCCUCUCCAUGGUUCUGGCACCAUCAGCUGCUCGGUUCUGGCUGCUGCCACCUCACCCCUCGAGUCCCGAGUGUCCCUGAGGAGUGACACAGGGCCAGGGCGUGCUGGAGUUCCACGUCCCCCCUCUGUCCCCAUAGCAGGGUCCCUCAGGUUGGUGCAGGCUCCCUGGAGCAGCUCUGGGAGCUCUGCAGGAGCACAGGCUGCAGGUGGGGUGGUUGCUGUGGGGAUCUGGGGCUCUGAGCAAACCCCCUGCCAUGGUACAGGAGGGGCAGAGCCCAGGGAAUCCAGCCCUGCCUGGCCCUGGGAGCUGGCAGCAGAGCUCCCUGUGAAUGAGCUGCUCAGGUGGCCUGGUGCUGUCCCCCUGUCCCCAUGCCCUGGUGCCGUCCCUGCCAUCCCCCCUGCCCUGGUGACCUCCUCCCCGUGCUGCAGGCCCGAGUCAGGUUUUUUGAGCAGAUGAAAUACCUCAGCUAUGUACUUUGUUGGGUUGCUUUUGUUUGUGUUGGGUUGGGUUGUUUUUAACCUCUUCAGGAAGUGUUGGCAUAUCCUAUCGCUUUGGGGGGGUUUUCAUAGGUGGGUUUGCUGAAUUUGUGUUUGCUUUUAUUUCUGUUGGCUUUUAAUGGAUCACCAAAGACAGGGAGUUCAGACGAGGCUGAGCAGAGCAGCAGUGGCUUCCCCACCCUCCAGGAGCCCAUCCCAGGACAGCACAGCAGGACGGGGCGACACUGCCCCUUGGGUCUGUGCUUGUCCCAGCCUCUCCUGCUGCUUCCUGCGCUGUGCCAGGGCUGUCCUGCCCCCGGGGCUCUCUGGGAUCGGGAGAUGGGGAUGUGAUGCCCUGGAGGGAUGGAGGGAUGCUGCUCCAGGUGUCCCCAGCCGCUCUCAGAGGGAGCAGGGGAAGCCGGCCUGACCCGCAGGCUCCUUUCAUCCUCACAGACUCCCAGAGGAUUUUCCAGCCUCUGGGACUCAGAUGAUUUUUUUUCUCCCCCCCUUUUUUUUUUGGGGUUUUCUUUUGGUGGUUUUAUUUUAUUCUUGGGUGGGGUUGGGCUGUUUCCUCUGAGUGGGACUGGGGCACUUUCUGCUUUUCCCUCUGCUCUGCUCCCUGGCCCCUGGGGAGCAGAGGCUGCUCCGGGGUGGGGCUGCUUUGUCUCACUUGCUAACGUUGUGUUUUCUUGCACAGAAAGGCACUCGAAUCACUGAACUUGCUUGGACACUACUAGAGUAUUAAUGUUUAUAAGCUUUACUCAACCUAGACUGGAACUAGCCAGGGACUAACAGAUUGUUUUGUAUCCAAUUCAGGGAAAGAAUCAGGUCGGGAAGCGUAACAGAUACCUCAGUUAAAAUAAGCUGCAACAAUAAACGGGUCCUUUUCCCAGCCCCGGGGUGACAAGGACCAUCCAGACUGUGAAGAGUUAACCCUUUCCCUCAGCCUGGCUUUGGCCCUGGCAGCCUGAGCUGCGGGUCUCCUGCUGAGCUGCCAGGCUUUGGGUGCAGGGAGUGCUGGAACCAGCAGCAGCAGCAGCAGGGCGGGGGGAGGCCGAGCAGGGGGCCCCGUGUCGUACUCAGGGUUUGAUGCUGCCGGCAGGACGUUCCCGAUGGAUGGGCGGUGCUCCAUCCUCCCCCAGCUCCUCACACCAGCCCCGGGCAGCCCCCAGCUCGUCCCUCGGUGGGGCAGAGCCAGCCGAGCCUGCCCCGGGGCUGCGGGGAAGGCAGCAGGGUGGGCGGGCUCAGGGGAGGCUGCUGUGCCUGCUCCCUGCCACGUGUUCUCUCCAAACAGCUGCAGCAGCCUUGCUAUAACUAGUUUUCUUACCUAUUUAAAAGAGAAGAGAAAAAAAAAUAAUAAAAUAAGUAAAUAAAAACAAAAUGUGAUAGCCUAGGCGGUGGAUAAAUACCUCAACGUCUCCUUCCAACAAGUGUCUGUAUAUGUUGUUGUUGGGUUUUUUCUAUCUUACAGGUUAUCUGAAUGUUUAUAUUCCAAUAAACUUCUACCUCUUCACACCGUGA